CAUAAUGCUCAUCGGCUUGCUACUUCCGGUCCGGGUUUUCUUACUUCCUCCUUUAGGCAGACUGCCGAAGAAAAAGAAUGUUGGCGACUAGAGCACUCCGUCUUGUUGGGAGGCGAGCCCUGUCGACUUCAGCGUGCCUGCGUGGCCAUGGAGUCGCCAAGGUGGAGGACUACUCCCUCCCAGCCUAUUUCGACCGCCGUGAGACUCCCCUGCCUGAGAUUAGAUACGUCCAGCAACUGAGCGCAGAUCAGACGACCCUCAAAGAGAAGGAGAAGGGGUCCUGGGCCGCGUUGUCCAAUGAAGAGAAAGUUGCACUGUACCGCAUCAGCUUUAAGGACAGCUUUGCUGAGAUGGGUAAGGGUUCAGGAGAGUGGAAGACGGUGGUUGCUGGAAUGUUGUUCUUCAUGGGCUUCACUGGCUUGGUGGUUCUGUGGCAGAGGAAAUACGUUUACGGAGAUGUUCCUCACACUUUCGACCCCGAGUACAAGCAGAAGGAGCUCCAGAGGAUGCUCGACAUGAGGAUCAACCCCAUCCAAGGCUUUUCCGCCCACUGGGACUAUGAAAACAAAGCCUGGAAGAAAUAAAUAGGUUUUAAAUGUCUGUCAGUGGACCAAGUUACACAACUUCAUGUAGAGCAAUCAGUGUGCAGUUCAGUGAAAAGUCGAUGUAUGACUUUGUCUUUACCUCAACAAAUGCAUUCUGGAAGACCACUUCCUCUUAAGGAUAUUGUAUUCUAUAACGGAAAUAAAAUUCCAAACCAUCA